AGAACAGAAAUAGCAUUAAUUGAAUUUUUAUUUCCCUUACUCAGCAACCACUGAGAUUACAAGAGUGUUGUUUGAGAGCGAAUCAAGGUUCCUCCAAAGAAGGAAGAUGACUUUAAUUCUUAUUUAAUUUCCCUUUCUCCUUUUGCUUCACCAAAAUCCACACAUUCAUCAAUUAAAAAACAAACCCUAGAUUCUUGAAAACUGGAACUCAUUCACGAAUCCUAAAAAGAGAGCUCCUUUGGUUUUCUUGAAACCCAGAUUCUUCAAGCUCAGCUAUGGCGGUCUUCAAAACCCUAGCUUUCCUAUUCGUUUUAAGCAUCGUGAUUUACCAAUCAGUGGCUGUUACAGAUGUAAAUUCAUCGUUUUCCUUUAAUGGGUUUGUGAAAGCUCCAAGCUUUGACAAUAAUGUUGCUCUGUUUGGAGAUUCGAAGCUCGUUCAUGGCGGUCCAUCGAUACAAUUGACUGACUCAGUGAGUCGCAGUGAAGGGCGAGUUAUUUACAAGAAACCCAUCAGACUGUUCCAAGGUAAAGAGAGAAACUUUUCCGGAUCAUUCUCAACUAGUUUCUCGUUUUCGAUGUCUGAUGAGAUUGGUAGUGUCUUGGCUUUUAUAAUGGUUCCAAGAGGUUUGGAUCUUAGGUUGUUUGGUAGAAAGGGUAAUAAUAGUUCCUCUGGUUUAGGGUUCUUAUUGAAACACAAAGUUGUUGCUGUUGAGUUUGGUAUCUCCAAGAGAGGGAAUCAUGUAGGGAUCUUAGUUGGUCGUCCUGAAUCUGGUAAAGUUAGAAAGUUAUCAUCUUUUGGUCACCAUUUCAAUGAAGAGAAGAGAUUGAAUUGUUGGAUUGAUUAUGAGGCAAGCUCAAAGAGAAUAGAGGUUCGUUUGAGUCUAUCUGCUGCCUUAAAGCCGGUGGAUCCAUUCGUGUCUUACUCUGUAGACUUGGCUAAGCUAUGGAAAGAUGGGAAGUUUAUGGUGGGUUUAACCUCUGCAAAUGGAAACACUUCAAAGCCGGUUUAUCUCCAUUCGUGGAGCUUUAAACUGAGACAUCCUUCGAUGAGGAUUCACUCGCAGCCGCUUGAUCCAAACGACGUUUCCAAGACUGUUAAGGAAGGGGAGAAGACGGUGGAAGUUAAGGGGAAAGGAAAAUGUAUAUGGAGAAUCCUUGGUGCAUUGGUUUUGGGGGCGGUUUGUGGAACAUUGGGAGCCAUGUUCGCGUUAUACCUUUGGACAAUAUGCGGUAAUAGGCAGUCAAUGGCGAUAGUUCCCGAGGAAUGUGCUGACGAAAAAGCGGAUAUCCUUGUAACGAAAGCUGAUGUUGUUGUUGAAGAAGAAGUCAAGAAGUAGUAGAAAAAGAAAAGUUUGGUGUGUGUGUUUUAGAAUGUUGUAUUUGUUGUUUGUAAUGUAAAUUCUUGUGUCCUUCUUUAUUCUUCUUCUGUUUGUUUUUUUGUUAGUUGCAGAUUUGGUGAGAUGAGUUUUCACAUGUAGAAGAAUCAUACAAUAUGUAUUAAGUUAAGAUCCUGAAAUCUUGAUCAAUGCAAUUGUCUUUUUUUUUUUUUUUUUUUCAUUUGAGGACAAGUCAGUGGAGAGACGUGAGUGAAUUGAAG